CAAAUACGAAGUAGAAUCCUCUUGAAAUCUUCUAGUCGUGUUCAGCAUUUCUUCAUCCCUUGCGACAUGAUCGUCAAGGCACAACUUCUUUCUAGUUGGCAAACAAUCGCGAUUGUUUAAACACAGAGUCAUAUAAAUUCAAACACGCUUCUCAAAACGACAGCAUUUUACAUUUCUACAUUAGCACGUAGGGUCUUUUAGUUCCUAUUACCAUGGCAAGGAAUAUCCUUGCGAGUUUAGCUGGCUUUUUAGCCAUUGCGUCGUGUAUUUUGGCGGCGGACUACUACUACGACGAAGUUAUCUGUCAGAAUGUACAGCCCGGUUUGUGGGCUAGAGAUGACCGUGAUUGUAUGGUAGCACAUCAGUGUGGCUUUGAUGGUGAAGUGGUUCAGUCGAUACGCUGUAAUGCCAGUCAAGUGUGGUCGAAAUUAGCCUCAGCUUGUGUCUGGGAGUGGGAUCCUGACAGGGAUGAUUGUAAUGGAUCACCACAAGUACCUCUUCCAAAUGACAUCAGAUGUAUCAACCCCACUGGUAACAACCCAGAUCCUAACGACUGUUCACGAUUUGUUUCUUGUACCAAUGGUACAUUGAUCGCCAUUCAGAGAUGCGGAGAUGGUACUUUAUACUAUCCGAGAAAUAACUCAUGUGAAUUUGCACAACAUGUUGUAAAUGAAUGUGGUAGCAGAGCACUUCCAGAGUCGGUUGUUAUUCGUGAAGACGACCCAAUCUGUACUCACGAAGGUCAAGUACCAGAUCCCGAGAGCUGUAUUCAUUUCAUUUUAUGUCAGAAUGGACGACGAACCCAGAAAAUUCAGUGUCCCCAUGGAACCGCUUUCGCCAGCCACAGUGGACAAUGUGAAUGGAAGAGCGAAGUUGAUUGUGGAUCCAGGAUUAUGAAAUAGAGGACGAUCUGCACUUUUAGACUUUCUACGAUCUCAGAGAUUUCCAUCUCUCCAUGUUGUCAGCCGUGUUAAUAUGAUAAUAUCCUAGGUGACAUAUUAACAUUGGUUUUAUUUUUUCUGCCCUGUUCACUUUGUUUAUCUUUUAUAUUUUCAUAUUUGCUUUUCAUUUUAAAUGCAUUAUCAAGUUCAUUUUACUUGUAUUUUUUUCAAUAAUUUACUUCAUCAAUAUUUGUCUCAUUUUUCAGUUUGAUUUUCCAAUCCCUCUCUUCUAUUUUUCUAAAAUCAGCCAUUUCAACAUUAUUAUUUUUCCAAACCCUUAUCCUUUUUAUCAAUUGUAGUCCAAUAUUUUGUGAUUUUACAGGAGAGUACUUUUGCUAGUCAUAUUUGUGUUUCGAGUAACGUAGGUUUACCACGAUAGCUGCGUUAUUUUCUCAAUUUUUGCCCUGUGUGUAUAAUGAAGACUUAUUUUAUUAGCAAUGAGCCUUCAUUUGUUUGCUCUUUGUUGUUUGAAAAAUAAAGGUGAAAACCUC